CCAAUUUCAACAGAAUAACAAAAGUGUUCAAAAUCACAGUACACAGAACAGCACCUUCCUAAAUGGGAAUAAAUAAUAACAAUCCUCUCAACUCGCCCUGUUCCACAACAGCUUUUUGACAAAGUGCCGUAACACAAAAUAAACUUCUCCCAAGAGAACAGCGCACUGGUGUGCUGACUACAGCCACUCCGCCAACUGGGCUGCUCCAAACUAAAUAGACCACCAUCACCAGCUGGAACGUCCCAUUGGAUCCUGGGAGAUUGGCUCGUGUCUGCCCAUCUGCCCUGGCCCAAACAGUGACCGGUGACGGCACACUGUAAUUUACAGUGGAAGGACCAGCAGCUUUAACAGUCUUCAAGUUCUGCACGUGAAGUCUGAAAAAGCCAAACUGUUCUAAUGUGACAAGAUGUUUUCUGGAGCAUUGUCACAUCAUGCUGGGAUAUCAUGUCUUAUCAGGUUUGAACACACUUGCAAAAAUGUGUGUGAUUUCAGACAAAGACUGUUCAAGAUAUUCUGAAAUGAAUGCACAUUUUUCAAGGGGUGAUGUUACUGUCUGUAAUGAAAAAUGUCAUUUAAAAAUGAAUACAUUUUCUUUUCUCUUUGUUUUUGUUAGGGUUGCAGCAAUCCAGGCAUGGAACAAACCUCUAGAGAGUUGGACACCAAAGUCAGUGGCCUGAAACAGCAGUUUCUGGAGUUAAAGAAGGAAAUUAAGACACUGGAGGAUCUAAAUGAAAAGCUGGACCUGAUACAGAAGACCUGGCAAAGUAGAGUUCGUCAGCAUAAUGAACUGGCCCAGUCCUGUGCUGCUGUGAAAGAGGACUGUCUUCAGCGGGCAGAUAUAAUCACACACACGCAGCAGAUUGUGCUGCAGCAUUUAAGUAGCAUUUUAACCCAGGCAUCCGAGGUUGUGGCGACGCUCACGGAUGUGGAGCUGCCUAAAUGGAAGCACAGACAGCAGAUGGCCUGCAUUGGAAGUCCACUUGACACCUGUUUGGACCACCUCCAGAAGUGGUUUACGACUGUUGCUGAAGUGAUCGUAGGAAUACGAGAACAGCUGCAGAAGCUGCAGGACCAGAACAACAAAUACAACUGCACCAAUGCUCACAGCCUUGCUCCUACAAUCAUGAAAAUCGAGGAGUUUGCACUGCCCUUGUUGACGAAGCUUCUCACAAAUGCUCUUGUGGUUGAGACACAGCCCGUCAUGCAGAAUUCACCACAACGACCUCUAAUACUGAAGACCGGUGUGGGAUUCAGAGUGACACUCAGGUAAGGCUGCACAUAAAAAGGUAGCACAGAAUUAUUAAAGAAUUUCUGUCUGUCUAGGUCUGAUAAAACAACUGUAGUAAAAUU